GCCCCCCCCCACAGCGGCCGGCCUGCGGGGAGGGAGGGCCGCCGGGCCGAGAGGCACCUGGGCGCCCCGGAGCCAGCCGCCGCCGCAGCGUCGCCCGCGCGCCCCCGGCCAUGUCCUGGGCCCUGCUGCUCGGGCUGCUGGGCGCGCUGCUGGUGCUGCUGCUGCUGAGCCGUCGGCGCACGCGGCGACCUGGCGAGCCUCCCCUGGACUUGGGCAGUAUCCCCUGGUUGGGCCAUGCCUUGGAGUUUGGAAAAGAUGCGGCCAGCUUCCUCACUAGGAUGAAGAAGAAGCAUGGUGAUAUCUUUACUGUGCUGGUGGGCGGCAGGUAUGUCACCGUGCUCCUGGACCCGCACUCCUAUGACGCGGUGGUGUGGGAGCCUCGCACCAAGCUGGACUUCCACGCCUAUGCUGUCUUCCUCAUGGAGAGGAUUUUUGAUGUGCAGCUCCCACAUUACAGCCCCAGUGAUGAAAAGGCCAAGAUGAAACUGACCCUCCACAGGGACCUCCAGGCACUCACGGACGCCAUGUAUACCAACCUCCGCACCGUCCUGCUGGGCGACACCACAGAAGAGGCCGGUGGCUGGCGUGAGAUGGGUCUCCUCGAUUUCUCCUACAGCUGCCUGCUCAGAGCUGGCUACCUGACUUUGUAUGGAGUCGAAGCUCUGCCACGUACCCAGGAGAGCCAGGCCCAGGACCGCGCCCACUCAGCUGAUGUCUUCCACACCUUCCGCCAGCUCGACCUGCUGCUCCCCAAACUGGCACGUGGCUCCCUGUCAGUGGGGGAUAAGGACCGCGCGUGCCAAGCCAAAGGUCGCCUGUGGAAGCUGCUGUCCCCGGCCCGGCUGGCUACCCGGGCCCACCGGAGCCGCUGGCUGGAGAGUUACCUGCUGCACCUGGAGGAGACAGGCACGGCGGAGGCCAUGCAGGCCCGGGCCAUGGUGUUGCAGCUCUGGGCCACACAGGGGAAUAUGGGUCCUGCUGCCUUCUGGCUUCUGCUCUUCCUCCUCAAGAAUCCCGAGGCCCUGGCGGCUGUCCGUGGAGAGCUCGAGCAGCUCCUCUCCAGAGCGGAGCAGCCCAUUUCGCAGAUGACCACCAUCCCCCAGAAGGUUUUGGACAGCAUGCCUGUGCUCGAUAGCGUGCUGAGUGAGAGCCUCAGGCUCACCGCUGCGCCCUUCAUUACCCGGGAGGUUGUGGUGGACCUGGCCCUGCCCAUGGCAGACGGGCGGGAAUUCAGCCUGAGACGUGGAGACCGCCUCCUCCUCUUUCCCUUCCUGAGUCCCCAGAAAGACCCGGAAAUCUACACAGACCCAGAGGUAUUUAAAUAUAACCGAUUCCUGAACUCUGAUGGGUCAGAGAAGAAAGACUUUUACAAGGACGGGAAACGACUGAAAAGUUGCAGCCUGCCAUGGGGAGCUGGACACAACCAGUGCAUGGGGAAGGCUUACGCCGUUAAUGGCAUCAAACAAUUCGUGUUCCUUGUGCUGGGGCACUUUGACCUGGAGCUGAUCAACCCAGACGUGGAGAUCCCCGAGUUUGACCUCAGCAGGUACGGCUUCGGGCUGAUGCAGCCGGAACACGACGUGCCCGUCCGUUACCGUGUCCGGCCAUGAGCUCCGGGAGCAGAUGGGGCUCCGCACACGUGCCUCCACCCACCCUGCCCCCCAUCACCCAACUUCCUGUGUCUGUUUGUCCUGGGUGCAGGAGCUUUGACCGCCCAACGGGGCCAGCAUGACUACUUUGCUGAUUUUUUUUUUCCUAGAAGGCUGUGUCUGGGGAGGGGACCGAAGGCAAGCUGACAGGAGGGGGAUGGAAAAGGACACAAAGCUCUGUGAAUUGUCUGCGACUAUGGUUGAGUUCCAAAAUGAGUCUCUGCUCCUAGCUCACCUUGCUCUCCCCGCUCCCCCCACCCCCAUGAUAUCCACAAAAGCUGGGGCAGGCAGGGCAGAAGCAGGAGUCCUUAAAGCUCUGCUGUGCCCCACCUCCCCGAGGGGCCAAGUCCUUGCCAGUGCUGUGGUCCAGGCCUUAGCCAGUCAAACCAGAUGCUGGCCAUAAAAGAGCCAAUCAGGACCACGCAGUGUAUCUAUUAAAAUCAGCUGUGUCCCCAAAUUAUUAAACUAGCCAACACCAAAGGAGUCCCUUAGAAUCUCUCCUCCCUAGGUGCCAUAUUCACUAGACACUUCCCUCAUCUCUCCAUUCACACUGAUGUUUGAGAAAAUUCAGGAAGGUUUUCCCAAAGGCUGAUGCGUUCAAGGUACAGAUCAUGAGCCCCCUCCAAAGACUGGGCUCUAAGGAGUAGAGUUCUUUGUUGUAGACAUAUGGGCUCCAGAUGGGAGAGCUUUCCCAGUGUCGAGACUCAAGUAGGGAAUAAGAAAGACAGUCCAACAGGAUGGUCCCAAUGGAAGGAACCAGCCAGGGCUCCUUGGAAUGGUCAAGCCAAAAAAAGAGGUGUUGGUUUUCUACAUUCUAGCUUGGAAGCUCCAGCUGUGGUAUAUGAUCCAUUGGCCGACCUGUUUUUUUGGCCUAUGCUUAUGAAAAAAUACAUUAGUUGUUACCGUGUCAUCUGUGGGAGAGUUCAUUUAAAAUGUCCAGCUUCUCUUGAAAAUUUGGAAGCUCUGGCCACACUGGGCCCAUAUUCCCAAGGGCAACUGUUGGCCAGAGCUGAGCAGCUGCCCACUUCCUUACCCAGGGAUGUGCAUUCUGGCUCACUAGGGUUUCCACUUGGUGGAAAUUUUUCUUUCUGCUUCUCCAUUCACAGUCCCUCCUGGCCCUUGAAGGCAUUCCAGUUUGAAAGCCCUGUUCUAACUCUUAGAAGUGAUCUUGUAGGAGGUGGUAGGAACCUACUAAUUGGUCCUUGGACCAGUGGUGCACCCUAUCCUGGAUGCACCAUCCUUCGAACAAAGAUCAAGGAUGAAAACUUGCCUUUGUGUCAGCUUUAGAAAAAAACAGGUCAAAGAGAAAAACUGCGGAAACCUUUAUUCUGUUAAGUACUAUUACUAACAUUAGUCCCUGUUUAUUGAGGACCCUCUAAAUGCCUGUGACGGGCACAGUGGAUCCAGUAUUUCUGCUUCUCACAGCAUCUGUGAAGAGAGGACGGUUAUGCCUUCUUUAGAGAUGAGGAAAUGGGCUCAGAGAGGUGACGUGACUUGGUAGGAUCUGGCAGAAUUAUUAUCCCAGUAGCACAUGGUAGAUGGGCAGCUCUGCGUUCCUUGGGCUCAAGGGAGGGGCGGGGGGUGGAGGGCCAGUUCUGUUUCACGUUGGAGAGCUGACAAAGCCAGAGGCACCCAUGGCUGGCUGCGUCUCACGAGACGCAGACAUGCAUAUGCACGCAUAGCUCGGUCCCUGUAGCUUUAGCUGGAGGGAGGAGAGGACCUGAGAUCUCUGAACAUUCCAGGGGCCAGUCUCUGCUCAGAGCAGCACCAGGGCUUGGGGGCUUCCCUGGCCCCCAGCCUCCAGGCACCCCCAGGAUUCCCAGACAGACACUGUGAUUGGCAGGAGGCAGGGUAUCCCCAGGGAAACCCAUCUUCACGCCUGGGUGACCCCCGCUGCCGCCUGCUUCUUAACUCUGCGGGAAAUCAGGGUUGGCAGCCUUCUGUGGGAGGAUGGAGCCUGUUUCCAUGGCAACCGUAGCUGCCUCCUCCUGCCUUGGAAGGGAAGGAAGAAGGCUGGCAGAAAUAGAUGCAGGAAGAUCUCGUCGAGCAGGGCUGUACCCCGGUGUGUGGGGGGAAAAGCCCUUAUGACUUUGCCCCCCUCCAAAUCAGGGCUGCCCUGUCACUGGGACUAGGUUCUCACCCAUGUUCCCUAAAAGGCCAAUUCCUCUAAAAGGUGGCGCCUCCAUGGAACCACAGACAUUAGGAAGAGAUGGUUCUCCCACCAGGCAGCCCCAGCUGGUACCAGAGAUCUUGAAGAAGAGCUUGGGGGGACAAUGCCUUAAACCCUCCCUUGUUUUAAUCUUUCUUUUUUCCUUUCCCCCACCCACCCUUUUCUUCUUAAAAAAAAAAAAAUCAAUAUAAGGUAUAGAGUAAAGAGGGAAAGAUGAGUGUGUUAGCUCCUUGCUGCAGGUUAGUUAAGAAGGUACCGGAUAUCGUUGUAUUUCUUCAUACUUUGCUUUAGAACCACAAAAUUGCAGGACACAUGUCAGAAAUGCUCUUAGGUCGACCUAAUGAAGUGUUUCCUCUCUGUCAGCAUUAUUGUUAUUUUGUUUGUGCUCUAUUUUGUAUUGUUGUUUACCAGGUAUUUUCUUUUAAAACAGACUCAUUCUUUAAACUUUAAAUUUGCUUAAAAGGGGAACUUUAUUCCACUGCUGCCAUUAAGGGACAACAUGUAUCACUCGCUGCCAAAAAUAGAAAGUGGCUGUGAAAAAUACAUUUGCUGGGGGAGGGCCUCCGGGCCCCUGUCGCCAAGGCUCAGAGCCUGAGCUCUGUCUCGGCUCUGUUACAAAAUGAGACAAGCAAGCAAUGCAGGGGCGGUUAGAGCCAGGGCAGCACCACCUUGAGACUUUCGAGACUUUCUCCUUGACCGUCUGGGGCAGGAGGAGGAGUAAGCUGCUCAGCGCAAGUCGGAGCUCCUGCCUGGCCGGCCCCGCCCACAGUGAGCUGGGGACGGCCCACCUGCCCAUCCUCCGGAUUAGAGAAACAGGCUCUAGGAGUUGAAGUGUCUUGCUAAAGUCCUUGAUCUUGGUGUGUGUGUAUGUGUGUGUUAGUAAACACAGUGUUUGGGGAGUAGCAAUGAUUAUUAUGCCUUGCUGUUUUAAUAAAGAAUUCUAUUUUCAUAUAAUCUUGUUGAGCGGAAAUGUGCUGAAAUGUAUUAAACCAUCCUUGUUUAUGGAA